ACUCCCGGAGCUCUCGCGAGAUCCGGGUUUAUCGCGGCGCUUCCCGAGCGCGGUUGUUCGGCCGGGCCUACAGAGCCGCUCGCCGGGUGUGCAAGGGAAGCGCUGGGAGUUCAUUCCUCUCUCCUCUGAGGAGGCAGUGAGGAGCCCGCAUCACCCUGUUCCGUCAGCGGGGCAGCCUCGGGGCCGCUGUGCCGGCGUGAAGGGAGUGGGGCCUCCGUGGCACCCGCAAGUUGUGGCUGUGGGGUCCGGCCCUGGAGACCCAGCGGGCUGCUUCACUGGCCCCUCUCGACUGCCUCCGGCUCCGUGGCAGUUUCUUAGCCCGGGAUCUCCCCUCCGAAGGUCAGUGCAAACGGAGCUGCCCGGGGGUGUCACUAAAACCGUCUGAAAAACAGCCUUCCCGUAAAAAAGAGCAGUUCUGGAACCUUGGGAGUGUAGCCGCGGUGAGACUGGGUCACCCUGAACCCGGUUGUGCUGAUGUGCUGGAGUCUCCGGAAUUGUCUUUGCUAAAGGAGCCGGAAUAGGGCAAUCCUCCAGGCUGCAUUUUUGAGAGGGGAACGAGUUCAUCUGUGGCAAUGAUGGACCCUUUGGAGCACAACUUGUUUGAUCUUCCUGAUUAUGAGAAUACAGAAGAUGAAGCGUUCCCACCUCUCCCACCUCCUGCCUCUCCUGGAAGAGACGAUGUCGAAUGGGCUCAAGCAAACGGAGAACCAGAUGGAAACCAGCAGUCACAAACGAAGGAUUCUGCUGUAGCUACACGGAGAGUAGUUAAACGACCGAUGCCUAAACUGGAUGCCCAGAGGUUAAUUUCAGAAAGAGGACUUCCAGCCCUGAGACACAUGUUUGACAAUGUAAAAUUCAAGGGUAAGGGGCAUGAGGCAGAAGACCUGAAGACCCUCAUACGACAUAUGGAACACUGGGCUCAUAGACUAUUUCCAAAAUUGCAAUUUGAGGAUUUUGUUGACAGAGUAGAGUCUUUGGGAAGCAAGAAGGAAGUUCAGACCUGCCUAAAGCGAAUUAGACUUGAUCUUCCUAUUUUACAUGAAGACUUUGCAAGCAAUGAAGAUGGUGGAGGGGAAAGCAACGGGCUGGAUACAGCCACUGAAGACGCACAUUCCUGCUCUGGAAACGUGGAAGAAUUCACUUCUCUGCCUGGCACAACCCUCACGGAGGAGCAACAGCAGCGAAUGCAGAAGAACAGGCAGCUGGCCCUGGAGCGCAGGCAGGCGAAGAUGCAGUGCGGCAGCCAGCCACAGCACACCGAGCUCCCCAUUAGUUCCUCAGAAGAGUUUACUACUCCAGUUGCUCAGGAUCCCUCUGACCUUAUUGAAGACACUCAAGUUACCACAACCAAAGUAGCUGUUACAGAAGCUGAAGCUGGAGAUAGAGAAUUGGAAUGUGCCAGCGAAAAGCAGUGACUGUUGCCCCAGCUUUGAGUGACUUUCUGGACCAAAAGACCCCAAUAGUUAAGUACUAUCUUGAUAUUGAAACAUUGCUGGCUCUUUGCUCUGACUCCAGAAGCUUUAUGGACGUCUUCACCAUGACAUCUGUAUUCUCUUGAAACUGCAGAUGAGUAACUCUGUACUUUGGAAAACACAACAAAGAUCUUCAUCUGCAUUUGAGACAUCCCUCCCACCUCCCAGAGCGUUCUUUAGGAAAUGUUCACAAGUUUUUUACCUGCUUUGAAUUUCGUUUACAACUUAUGUCAAAUGGAAUUAGCUGGGAUAUUGACAGGUGAAUUUUCUAUUAAAGUUGGGUUUUAAUAGAGGGUAUGUAAAAUAGCAGCUAGUGCUAUGUCUGAACAGCUGUUGUGGAUUUUUUUUAACUUGCUUAGCAAGUACCUGUAUCUUUUUCUUAUAAAAUGGAAGCUAUUAAAUUGCAGCAGUCAAACCUGAAA